UUUAAUUUGCACUGCUUUAUUGCAUUCACCCAGGGGCGGACUGACCUGUUAUCAGUUCUGUACCAGGGGCGGACUGACAACUCAUGGGGCCCCCGGGCAAUAGGGGAUCAUGGGGCCCCUGAGUCUUUGCCCAAACCCAAAUUAGCCUAUGAAAAAAACAAGGAAAGGUACCAGGGGCAUCUCUUUGGGCCCCCUACUGACCCUGGGCCCUCGGGCAGUGCUCGAAUGGUCAGUCUGCCCCUGUUCUGUACUAUU